AUGUUCCGAAUACUGAGGGUUUCAAUCGGUGUAACGACUGGUGCGACAUUUUGUGGUGUCGUGGGACAUAAACGUAGACAUGAAUAUACAGUUAUUGGUAGAAAGGUGAAUAUGGCUGCUCGAUUGAUGAUGCACUACCAUGAUAAAGUUACGUGUGAUGACGACACGUUCACAUUAAGUCGUCUGUCAGUCAGUAAUUUUGAUAUUUUAACCACGAAGAGAAUGAAAGGAUUGCGUCACGUGGGAACUAUCCGAGAAUUCAAAUUUCAUGAGAACGAAGAGACGGGGCUGGAAAACACCCUUCCAUAUUUUGACUACCCAAUUCUAGAUCGCGAACAACAUAUCGAGUUAUUUACCCAUCAAUUAAACAAACUACAACAUGCUGAAGUGUAUGACACGUGGCACCAGACACAAGACAUUGAUAAGAAACAACAUGACCACCGUCGUCACGUGGUUUACGUCGGCGCUGCUGGCAUUGGAAAGACGAGGCUUCUAGAUCAUUUUACCGUUCUUGCUGCCGAACAAAAUGUUAGAUGCCUAUCGUUUGACCUGACGACCAGUGACAUCAACAAAAGUCACUUCCUGGCCCGCCAUAUUUUGAAAGUAUUACUGGUGACGUCAGGAUUCUCACAGGAAGUUGAUUCGGAGCCUCUUUUAUUGGAGAAUCUACGACAUCAUAAGCUGAUUGGAUAUCUUCACUCAUUCUCCGAUGUUAUUGGAGUUAAGUUAAAAUCCCCGGACAAUAUGACUUUAUUGAUGAUAGGUGAGAAAGAAUCUAAAGAUAAAAGAUAUGAAAUUUACAAGAUGCUAGUGCAAAGUUGUCUGGAUAAAUUGGGACCAACUGUAUUUAUAUUGGACGAUAUGCGAAGCUGUGACAUCAUGUCUUGGGAUUAUCUCUAUGCCCUAUCAGACUGUCCAUUAGCCCUCAUAGUUCUAGGCGUCCGUCCUAAAUCCAUUGAUGAACCGUCCUGUCCGGCAGCCCAGAUGUUUUUUGAGAGAGGUGAUACUGUAACAAUGGAUGUGGAGAAUAUUGACCAGAGAUUUAUGACGGCUCUAGCUUGUCAAAUUCUGGAUGUUAGUCGACUCCAUAGAGAUAUUGACAGUUUGGUGCGAAAGUUAAGUCACGGUAUCCCAUCGUGGACAGAACAACUGCUUUUGGCUAUGUACGAGAAGAAACAGCUUUUAAUUGUUAUUAAUGAUGGGAAACAAAGUCUUGGACAAUCUACCGUCUCGCCACAGACCAUCUUUAUAACAAAAAAACCUACAAAAGAAAGACGAUCAUCGAGAGUGGACAGAAGGAAACAGAGCCUUGUGUUUGAUACAAGUCUUCAAACAUCGAAUGCUGAAGCUGGUACUGAGUUUGCUGGGGAGAUGUUGGCUUGUCUUGGUUACAUCCCAAACAAACCUGGAGCUUUAGUUAAAUCAUCAACCAAUCUGAACGUGAAUAAUAAACGUGUGGCAAUCCUGGCAGAUGGCGUCAGAAUAAAGGAUUUAGGAAUUCCAUCAUCUAUGUCAAAUAUGGUAGUAGAGAGACUUGAUUCCAUGAGGUCAUUGGAUCAGUUAAUCAUCAAAUGUUCUGCUGUUAUUGGUCAACCCUUGUCACGCGAGAUAAUCAAAGCCGUACUCCCAAAGGCAAACAUGUUUAAGAUCAAGAUGUCUUUAAAACGAUUAUUUAAAAAUGGGACGUUUCAGUGUGCUACGAUUAGUUUAAUGAUGGAUCGUACACAGAAGAAAUGUUGGUGCCCCAGAAAUCAAAAAGAGUUGGAGGAGCCCGGUGGCGUGGUUUGUAACCAUUUUGGUUUCAGAAACAUUUUGUUACAAGAAACAGCUUACAACACAUUGAUGUCGACCCAGAGAACUGAACUUCAUCUUAAGACUACUAAAUAUCUUCUGGAAACUAUCGAGAGCAGCAGACAGUAUCUUCCAUUGUAUCUCUAUUCCACCAAUCUUGUAAAGUUGGACGAACAGUUUCAUGUUAAUGGUAACAUGGAUGAACGCAAGAAGAACUUAAGGGUUAAAGAUGUGUUGCAAGAUAUAUCAAAGUCUGGAAACAUGGAUUCAUACCUCCACCAUCUCAACUCAACUUGUGAAGCAAAUCGUCAGAAAGAUCUUCUCGUCAUGAUACCAGUUUAUAAACGAGUCAAAUAUCAUCUGGAAGCUGCUGGCGAGUUCCGUCAUGUGGUAGACACAUUGAUAGAAGCUGCAUCAGUAGCUGUCGUUCUCGAGAAGUCGUCUGUUGCUUUACGUUUCCUUGAUGAAGCCAAAUCUGCUGUAGCAACACUCUGUGGUAAAGAUGCUGAGUUCCAGGACACCCUGGCCAAAUAUACGGAAGCUUGUAUCGAGAGACUUAGAGGAAAGGCGAUGUUUUUAUCGGGUCGACUUGAAGAAGCCUACCGCCAUCUUCGUAAAGCAGGUUCUAUACUAGGCUUAUAUCAACCCACAGCAAAAUGGCAGAUCAACAUUCAGAUGAUAAAACUACAAUUUUCAACAUUUCCUUCUUCUACAUUAUUAAAAUCUUUUGAGCAAUACGACCAUAUUAGUACCAUAAACAGACGAUUAGUGGAAGCGGGAAACUGUCUGUCAGAUCUGUGUCGACUUCAUAAAGAACAGGAAAACCACACCUUACUUCUGUUUGAUUCUCGUCGACUGGCUAACCUUUAUCAGCACACUCUGCCUCAUCCACAACAGCUACUAGAAUCUUUCAUCCAUUUAAUAGAUUACUGUAGAAUUAGAAGAUGGACGGAGGCUUGUCAUCGACUGGAAUUAGAACUUUUUGCCACUUGUGUUUCUCUAUCACGUUAUUUGUCCUCUGAAGAUAUUCGACUUUUAGCCAAGACAUUCUGUCAUGGUGCCUCUUGCUGUGUUGAUAAUGGUGCUGUUGUGAAAGCAAUUAACAUAGGUGAUAAUAUAUUUUGUUAUUGGAACCAGAGUCGGUUUGAAACUGAAAAGAUAAUGGUGUCCCGAUAUAUAUGUAUAUAG